CAGAACAGUUAGCUCAAAUACAACAAAUUAUUUUAACAGUUUUACAAGCUUCAAAAUUAAAAAAGAAUAAUAUAAUCUUACUUGUAAAAGCUUUUGUUGAAGCAAGUAUCUCUUUUAAAAAAAUUGACAAGCUUUAUAAUCAGAUUAAAGAAAAUUUUUAUAAAGGUGGCACAGUACUAUCUGCAAAUAACUUAUGUCAAAAUUAUUUAUCAGAG